CCCACUCCGCCUUCCCUUCCAUUUGAGCAAGUUCAAGAUGCCGAUGUCUUCUUCUUCUUCUCUUCCCGAGUCUUCCUCCCGGCAUUACACCUAUAGCCGCAAGCAGAAAUCUCUCGGCCUUCUUUGCUCCAAUUUCUUAAGCUUGUAUAAUAGGGAAGACGUUGAAUUGAUUGGUCUUGACGAAGCCGCCGCAAAAUUAGGAGUUGAGAGACGCCGGAUCUACGAUAUUGUCAAUGUUUUGGAAAGCGUUGGGGUUCUUACGAGAAAGGCUAAGAACAAAUAUACAUGGAAAGGUUUUGCGGCAAUUCCUAAGGCUUUACAAGAUCUAAAGGAAGAAGGUUUCAGUAGUAAUUUCAAAAACUUAGAUGCCAACAAUAAUGCAAAGGUCUCAGAUGAUGACGACGACGACGAAGAUGAUGAAGGGUUCUCCAAUCCCAACACUGGAAGCCAGACCGAGACUUCAAAACCUACCUCUGUUCUUAAAUCUUCCGCGUCGUCCAAAAUUGAUAACCGAAGGGAAAAAUCCCUGGGGCUACUUACUCAGAAUUUUGUCAAGCUAUUUGUCUGCUCUAAUGCUGAGUUGAUCUCACUUGACGAAGCAGCCAGGUUGUUGCUUGGGAAUGCUCACAACACCUCAAUAAUGAGAACAAAAGUAAGGCGGCUGUAUGACAUUGCCAACGUGUUGUCUUCCAUGAAUCUUAUUGAGAAGACUCAUACUGUAGAUACCAGGAAACCUGCUUUUAGGUGGUUGGGGCUGAGCGGGAAAUCAGACAAAGGAUCCGCUGAUGCCUUGGUUCUUCACGAGUCAAGAAAAAGAGCGUUUGGAACUGAUGUUACAAAUAUCAUUAGCAAGAGGAAUAAGGUCGAUUCUUCAAAUGAGGGGAAUGUGAAGCAGUGCAUGAAGAUGCAAAAGCAAAUAAAAGUUGAAAAUUUGGUGGCUGUGGCUGAUAGAAGGAGUUGGGAGGAUUCAAAACAGGGUUCGAAGAGCUACCAAUUUGGUCCCUUUGCUCCUGUAAACUUAAGCAGGAGUGGUAACUCUGAGAAUAACGUGAAGCGGGUUCAUGACUGGGAGAGUCUUGCUUCCACUUACCGUCCUCAAUAUCACAACCAAGCUUUAAGGGACCUGUUUUCUCAUUACAUGGAAGCGUGGAAAUCAUGGUACACGGAAGUUGCUGGGAAGAAGCCAAUACAACAAAUUUCCUGAUGCGGCAAGUAGAGUAGAGCAUUUGGGAACUUAAUUCUUUUCCUAAUUUUCUCUUUAUUUUCUAUUUUUACAUGUUUUACAUAGAAGAGAUGAGCUCUUGUUGGAUGCAAUUUUCUCUUUGCACCGACUUGAGUGGCAGCACUUAUCUGUACACAAAGUCACUAAGAGUUGAUGCAUAGUGGCCUUGACCAUCCAUUUUCAGUUGAUUUAGCUAAAUUUUCUUACAAGUCUUUGCGUGGAAAUGGGAGUGGUUUUAUCGUUGCAAAAACAAGAAAGAAUUAUUCCA